UUUGUUUUAGUCCAGGUUAAGUGUUUGAUAUGGGUUGAUCAUUGAGUUUAUAUAUACUUUUCACGUCUUAACUUAGACCUUCAUGAAAGUCUCACUUUUGAUUAUUUUUUGCAUUAACUGAACCUUAUGAAUCUGUAUGUAAAUUUUUUUUUUUUGGUGCUAAGACCAAGUCUUGUAUAGGGAAAUUCUCACUUAAUGGGAUUCUAUGCUGAGGCCAAGUCUUACGUAGGCACCCCAUUACCUACACUAUCAUGCUGCUCCAUGAAUUGCUGGAUUUUUAAUGGUAACAUCGGUAAAAGCCAUGCUCUGAAAUCAUACACCCCCUUUUCAAUAUUCAAUCUAGAUAUUGUAGAGUUAUGACCAUCAUGUAAUGUUCCAGAUAGUCAAACCUGAUUCUUAUUUGGUACUCUCUUAUAGUCUUUAUACUAUUUUCAGGCCAAAGCAUGUAUGUAUUUAAUGCAUCUUGGUGAUACCUUUGGGAUCAGGGCCUCCAUAGGUAAGGUGGCUGACAGCAGUGGAGCUGGGACUUCUGAAGGGCCACCAUCCUCUCCUAAAAGAUGUGAAACCCUUCAAAAGGCUUAGCUCUUGUGGAAAGCAGAUCAUCUGAUAAGAAUGAUGAGGUUGAUAAGCUCUCGGAUCUUACUCAGCCAAACGCAUUGAAUGGAUACUCUGUGGAUCCUAUAAAGGGUACGCUUGAAGAUAGCGACACUGUUGCUAGUUUAUGCUUAAGUUCCAGACGAGAUUCCCAAGAAAAUUUGGAAGCUGAAGAUGCAGGUCUGCAAGAAAUGGAAAAUGGGGCUUUGCAGCGGAUUAGCUCUGUUGAUUCAGAAUUGGUCAAAGAGGAGGAAGUCAGCUCGGUAGAUGCUGAAAGAGGUCAAGGGCUACAGACAGCACAAGUGGUUAUGAAUAUGAUUGAUAUAACCAUGCCUGGUACUCUAACAGAAGAAAAAAAACAGAAGGUCUUGACUGCUGUGGAUCAAAGAGAGACAGUUGUGAAAGCUUUGCAAGAUGCUGUUCCAGAAGAUGUUCGUCAAAAGCUUACAACUGCUGUAACUGGAAUUUUGCAUACACGAGGCACAAACUUAAAUUUGAAUGGACUUCUUGAUAUUGCUCGGAUAACUGAUGUUUCAACAGGAUUGAAGGCCUAGAUCCAAGAAAAAGUUGGAAUAUCAGGUGGAGAAGGUUUAAACACUGACCAUCUUUCUUCAGACCAGAUAAAAAGGGCUGAUGACCUCACAGAUUAGCUUGAAUGACGCUCAAAAAUUAUUUCACCACAAACUAUGCGGGUUCAAAUGAGAAUCAGUAAAAAAAUUGUCCACUUAAUUGUUGCGAAAAUUGUUGUAGCUAUAAUUUUAGU